AUGGUGAAUGAAUUGUCGCCUGCGGAGAUCUCGACGUUAUGGCUGCUACACGAUCGCCACACCACCAGGCAUGCAGUCGAGAAAGCAAUCGAGUUAGGGUUACCUCUUUGGAGAGAGGCUGUACAUUUGGCUAGGGCCUGCCACAGAUCGAACAUGGAUUUAGCUGACGGUGCAUAUUACGUUGUUGGUUCGGAUUUUGUUGAUAAUGAUGACAGUUCGCAGUAUGCAUACCAUGAAAUCGGUCGCUAUCCCGAUGUUCGUGCAAGCAGUUCCUUUCGUAAUAUACACUGUAUACAAAAAGGGGACUUGGAUAGUGAUAUUGAUGUUACUGAGUUGUAUAACUCAGCAACCUCCGAAAUCCUACCUCAGUCGUCAGCAUCGGAGUCUCUUCGAAAUGAUGCAAUGGAAAGUUUUAAGAACGACAAAAACAAGCACAUCCAACUCCUUCUUGAAGGAAUCAGCUCCAGGGAACUUGAUAACCUCAACUCUGAGCAAAGUUCUCUGGAAGUAUGCGAGAUCUCCGAUGACGAUGAAUCCUUGUGUACGCGAAGCUGUGUAGUAGCUAGUGCAAGUCCACCGAAUGAAGACGUUAACGAUGCGGUGUCCAACGAAACGAACUGCGCGAACGAUUCGAAGUCGAUUCGACGGGCGACGCCUCAAGCGUCUACGUGCUCAAAUGAAACACUGGAUUUCGAUUGCGGUUUACACUUGCACGACAGGGAACUGUCACGUCACUGCGAAGUCCCUUCUACAUCUUGUACCAGAGCCUUCACGAUUCUGGAUAGGUCGGAAUACGAGCGCCGUCUUUUGUCGGAAAAUGAGCAAAUAACAGAAGAGGAGAGACAAAUGUCGAUUUAUGAAACUUCUCCGUACGGGGACUCGGAAGUCGAGGAUUCCCACAGAGCUGCGAUGGAAAUCAACGACGCUGUUUCUCAACUAGCCCCCGAUAUUGAGAUGAGUGAGGUGAUAAGUAAACUUAUGAAAGAAGAUGUGGCGGCCGAGUUCUCCGACGCAGGAACACCGUCGAAAAGAUCGAAGCGAUGCUAUGUGGAGCCGUUUGAUGAAGAUUCCAAUACAACCGGCUCAGAAUGUUCUGAUAUCAACAUCGACGUCAACAUCUUGUAUGAAAUCAGUGAGCUUCGACGGGAGGAAGGUGCAUCGAGCCCAAGCAGUUGUAGCAUUGAUAGUGAUGACGCUGUACCUCCUGAUGUAUGUGUGUGGCAUCCGCAAACAUGGACCUACAAUAUUGACUUGAUCACGCAUUUUCGUUCACCUUCACCUUUUGAAGAAGCUGUCGUCACACUUCUUCCGAGAGAAUAUGUGGAAUUGACUGUUAUCGCUCCGAAAUAUGAAGAAAUGUUCGCUGCAGUGGAACUAAUAAGAAGAUUCCCUCACAGUGGUGCUUUUACUCGUAAGAGAGGGGGUCGAUGUGUUAGCGUGUCGUUCAACAUUCCGGCUCCGAGGAACCAAAACGUCUUUUUGGAGUGUGACCUCUGGCGCACUACACAGGCAAACGAGUUCUACCAUUAUGUCGUUCCCGAAAGUUGCAUGGAUUAUGUCUCUCUAAAAUCUGAAAGUUCGAAAGAAGAAUUUUGUUUAUUGGAGAGUCAUAUCAAAAACGCAAAGCAAGAAAAUGAAGAUUGCCUUAUUGAAAUGGAGGAUCGCCGCGUCUCAGCUGACUACUUGUCAACAAAUGCUUCCACGCAUGAGUGUUGUGAUGUACAUUGUGAUAUCUACAAUGCUGCUGGAAUAUCUGACUGCUGUUAUAUUCAGUGCGAAGACAGUCAUUUCCAAAACGUUUCUUUGAAUGCAAAAGAAGCAGAGGAGAACGUAGUCGACGUUUUUCAAGCAAUUGCGAGGACUCAGGACCACACUGAACGUUGCUCGGCAAUGUUCAGUGACACUCGUCGUACUUACGCCUCCUUGAGCUGCUCAGCACCAAGGUGCGAAGACGUGGUCACCUACUGGGUGUUCGAUAUCUUGCUCGGAAACAGUGCUAUUACUACCCUCAACGACAAAAGAAUAUACAAGGUCGCACAUUCUUGCAAACCACGCUCUCUUCGUGCAGAACGGGGACCGUUACGAAUGAAUGUUGAAGCCCCUACGAGAAGAAGAAGACAAGGCGAUAGUAUGAAUGAAGUGCUGUUGCUUCUAGAGACUGGAGCGAUGCCAAGUCAAUUCAUCGAAACUUCUCCACCUCAUUCAUUGCCACUGAACAAGGGAAGAACCAGAUCGCGAUAUCAAAACUUGAGAGGAGCAAUAGGGCCUGGGAACCGUGGCAAAGGUGAAGCAGUCGCCUCUCAGUUGCAAGAGACGCUCCUUAUUACUCCGAGAAAAAGGCCUUGCCUCGAAGUUUCCCCGACAACAAGACCUGAGAGGUCUCCUGCUCUAAGAUCUCCCUCUGAGAGGAGUGACCUUUCUGCUUCACCUGAUCGUCUAGUCAUUUGUGAAGAUGAGGAUGCGAUUGCUGAAGAGGAUCGGAUCAAAGUUACGGAAGAUUUACAAAACACACCGUCUAAUGCUCUCGCAAUUUCAACAAAGAGUUCGACUGCAUCCCUGGAGGAAGAGUCAUUUGAUAACUACACCACUCCCUCUGAAAAACCUUCGCUGAACGUCACCGAUUUUCCUCUGCUUAGAAGAUCAGCAAGAAAAAGAAGUGCUGAUCAUUCCGAGUCACCAGUGGUAGCAAAAAAAUCGAGAGAACCCGUUGAGCAUGCAUUGAUUUCAAAGCAAGGAGGGAAAAGCGAAGAGUCAAUUGAGGUUGGAUCGGAUACCGAUAGGAGUAAGAGUUUGAGAAAAGCGAGGUACUUGUCAAAGCAGACCCACUCAUCUGUACCAGAUCCAAAUGUCCUUUCACCUCUCUCAAAAUCAGUGAGAAAAUCUGAACUUCUAGCUUCUUAUCCCGAAGUUGUAGAACGAAAGAGGAUGCUUCGUUCAGGAGAAAUGCAACAAGUUUUUACCAGAACGAAUACACAAGUUUUUCGUGAUCCUGCUAAACAACUUAACCGAAAAGAAACUGUCGCCAAAUUAGUUCCCGAACCUUCAGUUGGUGUCCAAGACGAGAAAGAACUACGUGCAACACAACAGUUGUUAGCGCACACAACUGUUUGUGCAGAACAGAUAUCACCGGAUAUUCCAACAUUGAAUCCUAAUACAAAAUCGAGAAGGAAGCAGAGAACCCCUGUCAUAGAAUUGUGCAAAGAGUUAUAUGCGGAGAGUGCUGCUGCUUUCGUUGCUAUUCCCCUGAAGGCCACUGUAGGUGUUCAGUUCUCGGUCAUAUCUGAAGAAUCAGUUUCUUUCCAGUGUGUUGCUCCACCUAGAGAAAGUGGACUUGAUAUCCUUGCACAGGUUGCAAUUUUUGAAGUAUCAAACUCUAUACGUCAAACUACCUCCCAAAAUCUGGAAACAGCAAGAGCAAGCGUUGAGUCAAGAUUAGUUACGCUAAGGAGGAAGCGAACUACGAACACGUGUAGUGAUGAAACAACUUCAUUUAAACCGCAAGGGACUUUUUGUGAUGUCUCAGAUUCUUUUGGCGCAGAGGUCCAUGCUGAUGAAGAUAAUUCUGUGGACAAUGUCGCUUCAUUUGUUGAAGAACGUCAAAAUCUCAUGACAGCUUCAAUAACUGCUACAAAGCUGCAAAACGAAAAAUCUAAUCAGCCGAGAUUACAUAGCGUACAAUUACCCAAGGAGACCCCGAAGCGGAUGAAGAUGACUGCUGCCGAAAGAACAGAUGCGAAGAAAUGUUCUUCCACCCCGAAAGAUACCGCAAGUUUUGAAACUGUUCUGGAACCUUUGUCAAGGUCGUACGACACUAGAGCGUUGUCAAAGCGUAGAAGCACUACUGCAAAGCAGAAGAUUCGCAAUAAUGUUGUCGUGUUGGAGGAUAACAAUGAAACCGUCUUUCCUAAAAAGGUGCAAGAUCAAACUGAAAUUCUUCGAAGGUCGUCCAGUCGCAGAAGAACACAAGUGGCUGAAGAGCCUUGCUGCAGUAAUGAUCGUCUGAGAAGUAUGAAGGAAAAAGUGGCUUCUCAAAGAGUACAAGCGAUUCCACAAGCUUCCAGUAAGACAACGAAUCGCAGAAAAACAAUCGCUGCGGCAACACCUCGUAAGAGCAAUGUUGUAGGAAGUAACUCUACUUCAGUGGAAGCACAAAUGAUCUCAAAAAAAGGGAAACCUGAUCGGCUGUCCAUGGUACAGCCCAUGAUGAAAGCUGCGCUCGUGCAGAGCACUGAACAAAGACGCCGAACAACUGCUCUCUGCUCUUCUGCUCAAAAUACGUAUACAGAUGAUGACGACGUUUUGUUUGUUGAAAGUGGUUUCUCUCGCAGACGCCGCAAAUCGGUGACUCCUCCUAUACUAGUUGUUGCGGUUGACGUAACUUCUUCUUUCACCCCUAUUAAACGGGAUAAUAACCGAAGUGCAGAGCCCAUAACGCUACCCACGUGCAAUCGCGGUGAAUCAGUGGCUACAGAGGUUUACUCGUCAGAUAGUGCUGAAGUGUUGAAUGCGCUAGCGCUAGACAUCAUUAUUCGAGAGGCCUCUGCAUUAUCAGCAGUGAAUUUGGCGACAUUUGCCCAUUUUGUUCUAAAUCUCUUCGAUCCAGUAAAGCCUGUCUUCACUCCAUUAGAGGAUGUUGAACCAUCGACACUACCUGCUAACUUCACUACUAUUUUCGAACGGGCUACUCCUUUGCAAUUUCGACACCGUCUCGAUUACAACUCUUUCAAUUCCAUGUUGUUGAAUCGCCUCCCCGAGAACGGUUUACAUGCCCUUACCCUUGAUUUGCCCAAAGUAAGCAUGUUAAAAAUAACCAAAUUCGUGGACACGGUGAAAGAAGCAGUAGAGGAGAUAUGUGCUGAGUUAAGUACACGAAAGACUUUGUCGAAAGCUGAGAUCAAGAGAGAAAUAGAUUUGUCGGGUGAAGUGCAGCAGCUGAUAACUUCAAGAUAUGUAGAAACAAUGAUGAAAAUGGCGGAUGCGUGCAACGAAGCUCGUGAUGUGCCUCCUUCUGUUAUUGCUGAUCGAUUCCAUCUGCUCCUGUGUGGAUGGACAUGCUUCCUUCAACAGGGUGGUGUGUUGCGAGUUCGCUUACAGUUGUGUCCCGGGCGAUCUCAUCCUAGCAUCGUUGAUAUUACGACGGCCUGGUUGGAUCGAAUUGACACGAUUCUAUCACGUGCACAGGCAACGAAGUCGAUGCGAACCUCAGCGUUUGCUGUUUCAUUGGCACAGGAGAAAACAGUUGUGAGCAAAGUUUGGUAUCAGAUGGCAUCCCACACGACCACUUGUUGCGCAGACGCAUCGUAUCUCUUCUGUGAAGAAUGCAAGCUCUACUUUCGCAACGAAGACACGGAUUUCAUCCAUAAUAGGGUGUUUCAUCAGAAGUCCAGGGAAUGUGAUGAGUGCUAUGAUAUGUUCCACACAUUAUUGGGAUUGGAUCUUCAUAUGGUCGGUAGCCACAAACGAAGCUUUGUUGUGGACUUGUAA